AUGCGAUAUGUCGAACUACACAAGGCGUUAGCAAAUGCAGUGGCGAAAACCAAAGUUGAUUCCAGCGAGAAGUUCGGUCAGGUGUUGGAGUCGAAUUUCCACACGGCAAACAAGGUGUUCCGAGACACCAGUCGCCGGCUCCGAAGUGCUAAGAAGGGCAGUCUCGAAGUCUUGAAGGACAGGUCUGGACAGCCUUUUACCGAGAAUGAGGACAUUCUUCGGUUAUGGUGA